GUCUAACGACCACGGACCAUCAAUCACCCAUCUGAAUCACACCAUCAUCCAGUCUCUCUCCAUUUCUCGUUCAGCAUCGCACCACUCUCGGAAACGUCGAGGAUCUUGCAACACCAGGCUAGAUUUGCGGGCUGGUCUUCUUCGUAGCCCACAAAGGGAAGGAAGGCAGAAGUUCGGAUUGAGCAGUAGCUACCUUGGCAAGAUGCCGCACUCCAGCAAUGAAGAGUUUCUCAAUCGUCUAGGCACUCUCUUCACAUCCAGCACCUCUGCCCACUCAGUCUACAUCACCACAAAGAGGUUAUCCUCUGGCGAGGAAGCGAUGGGUGUGGAACCUGUGCAGGGAGGGGCGACGCAUGGUGUGCUUUUCAGAGCAACAAAUGGCAACGACGAUAAGCAAAAGAAGGAAAAAAUUUCGACUAUUGUCACUCCCUCGGCCUUGCCCACCUUCCAAACCUCUCUCGAUGCUCUUCUACGCACACAUCUCUCGACGUCUUUGAGAAAGAGGGACAAAGCCAAGGAACGGCGGGCAGAAAAGAUACGCAAGGAGCAGCAAGCGAUCGCAUCCAGUAGCAAGGAUGGUGGGAAGUUGACCUUGAGCAAGAUCGGCAAGAAGCGAGGUGCAGGCCACAGGGCGCGUCAAAGAGCAUCCGAAAAGGCAAAGAGGCAACGGGCGGAAAAGGCCAGGAGUCUAGCUUCCGAAGCCGCAAAGGGUCCGACUCAGAAUGUCAAUGUCAACGUCCAGAGCUCUGCAGCGGCGGCAACAGGUACGCCGGCGGCCCCAUCGGCAAAGAAAACAAAAGCGUAGCGAAUGUGUGGACGCGAGAGCACGGUGUAGCAGCGCAGAGGCUUGCGAAUAGCAUGCAUGCACAUGAAUCAGGCUUUGUCGUUCGCUCAUUCUUACAAUUACGUUUGCGAUUCGCUGGCAAGCUCAGCUCUGCACGUUCCUCUGCCGAUCGCGUCUCCUUUCAGGCCAAAGAGUAGAUAGAGCGCGAGCAAUGCGGCACAGAAGAAUGUGAAUCAGUCAAAGACCUCAAGAAGCCACGUCAGCAGGAGUAACGAGCGCCAUCAACAAAUCACAC